AUGGUGUCACUUUUUAGAAAAAGGCCAUUCGCUGCUAUGACAAUAAAUUGGAAUCGCGUGUGCGGCGGCAGGAAGCUGGGCUGCAAGUGGACGAUGGCGCUGUGCGCGGUGGCGUACGCGCCCUUCAUGGCGGCCAACCUACACGCCGAGUUCUACACGCUGGUGCCCGGCGCGCUGGUGGCGGGCGCGGGCGCGGGCCCCGCGUGGUGCGCGCUCUCCACCUACACCUCGCUGGCCGGCGAGCGCUCGGCGCGCGCUCGCGACGCCGCGGCCGCUGACGUGGAGGCCGCCACCGCGCGCCUCUACAGCCUCUUCUACACCGUCUACCAGCUCAACCAGGUGUCCGGCAACCUCGUCUCCUCGCUCGAUAAAAGAGCAGUAGAACAGAAAACGUGA